CCGGUUCCGGUUCCGGCGCGGGCCCCGCGUGUGCGGUGCGGGGCGAUGCGGCCGCUCACCGAGGCGGAGACGCGGGCGUUGUUCGAGAAGCUGGGACGAUACAUCGGUGAGAACAUCCAGCUGCUGGUGGACCGGCCCGAUGGCACCUACUGCUUCCGCCUGCACCGCGACCGCGUCUACUACCUGAGCGAGAAGCUGCUGAAGGUGGCUACGAGCAUCCCCCGGGACAACCUGGUGUCGCUGGGCACCUGCUUCGGGAAGUUCACCAAGUCGCAGAAGUUCCGGCUCAGCGUCAUGGCCCUGGACUUCCUCGCCCCCUACGCCAAGUACAAGGUGUGGGUGAAGCCGGGCUCCGAGCAGUCCUUCCUCUACGGCAACCACGUCCUGAAGUCAGGCCUGGGCCGCAUCACAGAGAACACAGCCCAGUACCAGGGUGUGGUGGUGUACUCCAUGGCCGACGUCCCGCUGGGCUUUGGGGUGGCCGCCAAGUCCACGCAAGAGUGCCGGAAAGUAGACCCAAUGGCCAUCGUGGUGUUCCACCAGGCUGACGUCGGGGAGUACGUGCGGAAUGAGGACACACUGACCUAAGGGACCUUGAGCAUUUCUGGCCAGAAUGGACCUUGUCCUGCACUAUGAGUGCAGCAGUGGUGCAGGAAGCCAUGGGAAGCCCACCCCAAGCAGGAUGGAGGGGCUGGGAGCUGCCAGCACGCAGCCCCACAUGCUCUGGGGGCUGCUGCCAACGCGAGGAGGAGUUCCUCCUGUGCCAGUCCUGCCCAUCCCGUCACAUAAAGCUUUUCCCUUCUCCCAGA